AUGGAUCAACUCAUGAACAACUUGGGGGUCCAACUUAAGUCAGAAGGUGGCUCACUGCAGGUGUUCAAACAGGUCACAGGUACUAUCCAACUGAGAGAUCACCCUGUGACGGCAGAUAGAAGUAGUAUGACAUCUCCACCGCUCCUGGAUACGAGCUCCAUGGAGAACCCAGCUCUGUUUAAUGACAUCAAGAUUGAACCCCCAGAAGAACUUCUGGCCAAUGAUUUCAGUUUACCCCAGGUGGAACCAGUUGAUCUUUCUUUUCAUAAACCUAAGGCUCCUCUCCAGCCUGCUAGCAUGCUGCAAGCUCCAAUACGUCCUCCCAAGCCACUGUCUGCUCCCCAGGCUCUUGUGGUAUCCACUUCAACAGCUGACACGAGCACUUCAGCAAACAUCCCUGCUGUUCUGACUCCUGGUUCUAUCCUAGCCUCCUCUCAGGGGACUGGUGGCCAACCGAUCUUACAUGUGAUUCACACCAUCCCCUCAGUCAGUCUGCCAAAUAAAAUAGGUGGACUAAAGACCAUUCCAUUGGUAGUACAGUCUCUGCCCAUGGUGUAUACCAAUUUGCCUGCAGAUGGGAGCCCUGCAGCAAUUACGGUCCCACUCAUUGGAGGAGAUGGCAAAAAUGCUGGAUCAGUGAAAGUUGAUCCCACGUCCAUGUCUCCACUGGAGAUUCCAAGUGAUAGUGAGGAGAGUGCAAUUGAGAGUGGAUCCUCAGCCUUACAGAGUCUGCAGGGACUGCACCAUGAACCAGCAACAAUGGCCCAAAUGCAGGGAGAGGAAUCACUUGACUUGAAGAGAAGACGGAUUCACCAGUGUGAUUUUGCAGGAUGCAGCAAAGUGUAUACCAAAAGCUCUCACCUGAAAGCUCACCGCAGAAUCCACACAGGAGAGAAGCCUUACAAAUGCACCUGGGAUGGCUGCUCCUGGAAAUUCGCACGCUCGGAUGAGCUCACCCGCCAUUUCCGCAAGCACACAGGCAUCAAGCCCUUUCGGUGUACAGACUGCAACCGCAGCUUUUCUCGCUCUGACCAUUUGUCUCUGCACCGCCGGCGCCAUGACACCAUGUGA